CCGCCGACUGUCUCCGCAACUCCUGCCAGUGAGCAAGACGGAUAUGACUCAAGAGUCCAUCUAGCGAGCUAUUUCGCUCGCUUGCUCGCAACUUCUUCUUCAUUCACAACCCCGGUCGAGCACAGCUCGUCGGUCCUCCUUCCUGCCCGGCUGAUAACACCAGCUCCCGAGCAGCGCCCAAUCCCACUCUCCAUACGGAAUCCACAACCCACACACGCGCGAAAACCCACCCUCCAGCACAAAGCCCUUUACAAUGUCCGUCCACGCGGUGGCCCUCUCAGCGACGCACGAGUUCAGCAAGACGCCCGCGGCAGCCAUCACGCUGCUCGCCGGGCUCGGCGUGCAGGGCGACUGCCACAGCGGCGUGCACGUGCAGCACCGCUCGCGGCAGCACCUGCGGCCGCGGCCGCCCAACCUGCGGCAGGUGCACCUGCUGGCGCGCGAGACGCUGGCCGAGGUCGGCGUCGCGCCCGGCCAGCUCGGCGAGAACGUGACCACCGCCGGCGUUGACCUGCUGGCGCUGGGGCGCGGGACGAGGCUGCAUUUCUUGCCUGCUGCUGGGGCUGAUGCUGAUGCUGGGGAGGGAGAAGGAGGGGAGGCGCAGGCGCAGGCGGAGGGGCAUGCCGCCGGGCUGGAUGACCCGCAUGCGGUUGUUGUCGUGCAGGGCCUGCGCAAUCCGUGUCCGCAGAUCGACAAGUUUCGGGAGGGGCUGAAGGAGCGGUUCAUUGUGCGCGACGCGGAGCGGAGGAUCGUAGGGCGGAAAGCGGGGGUCAUGGGCACGGUGGAGGUCGGCGGGGAGGUGAGUGUGGGCAUGAGGAUCGUGGUCGAGAAGCCGGCCACGUUUGAGCCGCUCGAAUGCGUGUGAGACGGAGGGCGCAGGAUGACCCGUUCACAACGUACAACAUCCGCCGCAGCACAGGGUGAUAGCAUGCAUCUGAUCUUGAAGUCGAGCUACAGCAAUCCAAGCAAGCAUCCGUUCGCUUCUUCUUGCAUA